UCUACGGUCUGGCGUGGUUUCGGUCCCUUCCGUUAGCCCGCCGAGCUCAAUCCCCCGUCACUGCGCCUUCUCCUUCGCUGGGAAAGGCCGCCUGGUCUGUGCUGCGGCCUGUGUUGCCCCGUGCCCGGCAGGUCCUGCGAGAUGCUGUGAGGGGGACACCAGGACAACACGGACGCCGGGGAUGAAAAUGGUGACAUUCAGGGAUGUGGCCAUAGAAUUCUCUCCAGAGGAGUGGGAAUACCUGGACCCUGCUCAUCGAAGUUUGUAUAAGGAUGUGAUGUUAGAGAACUACCGAAACCUGGUCUCUGUGGCACUACAUAUUAAAGGAAGCAAUAACCAGUCUUUUGAAAGCCUCAGAGAAACUCAGGACUUUGGAUAUAGAAUUGGAUCAAAUGUUCAGUCAAAUAUUUCUGAAGACCAGAUAUUUAAAAUUGAAGAGGAUAUUUCUAAAUGUGAUCCAUUUGAUGAAUCCUUCAUUAAAACAUUAUUAUUUAUCCACCAACCAAUAAUACCGUCAGAUGCCAAAAUCUACAACUGUGAUCAGUCUGGUAAGGUGUUUACCCAAUCACUGCUUAAUCAAUAUCAUGGAAUAAAUAAUUGGGAAAAGGAUUACAUAACCAAUAAAACUUUGAUGAGCUUUAUCAAGAACUCUACCCUAAAUAAUUACCAGGAUAUUUAUGAUGAUGGGAGAAUUUAUCAAUUCAAUAAAACUGAAAAACCCUUGAACCAAGCCUCAUGCUCUACAAAAUAUCAGAAAGCUCAAUAUCCAGAGAUCCAGUACAAAUGUAAAAAAUGUGAGAAUGUCUUUCAUCAGUGUUUAAACCUGAUUAGCCAUGAGGAUAUCCAUAUUCAAGAGUAUUCUUACAAAUGUAAUGAAUGUGUGGAAGCUUUUCCCCAGUCAGGGGGUCAUUCUCAAUAUCAGGGAAUUCACAUUGGAGAAAGUUCAUACAGACAUAAUAAAUGUGAGAAAGUCUUCAGUCAGUCAUCCAACCUAAGAAAACAUAACAUAAUCCAUACUGAAGAACAACUUUACAGAUAUAAAGAAUUUGAUAAAACCUUUAACCAGAAUUCACACCUUAACCAUCAGAAAAUUUGUAUUGAGGAGAAAUCCUACAAGUGUAAUGAAUGUGGAAAGGUCUUUACUCAGAUUUCAGUCCUCAGACAACAUCAGAGAAUUCAUACCGGAGAAAAACCCUACAAAUGUAAAGAAUGUGGCAAAGAUUUUAACCGUAGUUCACACCUUACUCGACAUCAGAGAGUUCAUACUGGAGAGAAACCCUACAAAUGUGAAGAAUGUAAUAUAUCCUUUUCCCAGUCUUCAAGCCUUAGAAAACAUAGGGUAGUUCAUACUGGAGAGAAACCCUACAAAUGUAAAGAAUGCAGCAAAGCCUAUACUCAGUUUUCAAAUCUUAGACAACAUCAGAGAAUUCAUACUGGAGAGAAACCGUACAAAUGUAAAGAAUGUGGAAAAGCCUUUACCCAGUCUUCGAGCCUUGGAAAACAUCAGGUAGUUCAUACUGGAGAAAAACCCUACAAAUGUAAAGAAUGUGGCAAAGCUUUUACUCAGUUUUCAAAUCUUAGAACACAUCAGAUAAUUCAUACUAGAGAAAAACCCUACAAAUGUAAAGAAUGUGGCAAAGCCUUUACUCAGUUUUCAAAUCUUAGAAAACAUGAGAGAAUUCAUAUUAGAGAAAAAACCCUACAGAUGUAAAGAAUGUGGUAAAUCCUUUAACCAUACUUCAUACCUUACUCAACACCAGGGAAAUUAUACUGGAGAGAAACCCUACAAAUUUAAAGAAUGUGACAAAAUCUUUUAUUGUAGUUCACACCUUACUCGACGUCAGAGAAUUCAUAGUACAGAAGCCCUAGAGAUGUAAUAAUGUAUGUGAAAAAAGUUUUAUUCCAAAUAUACAACUUAAAAAUCACCAAAGAGUUCAUGGGGAAGCAGCGUUAUAGAUGCAAUAAAUGUGCAGGAAUAUUUAUCAAAACUGAAGUCUAAGUGCAGCAGGGGAUUCUCAGAUAAGUAUAAACUAAAGCGUACUUUCAGAAUUUUUACCCUAACCAAGUUACUUUUGGUAGAGAAUAAGGUGAGGUCAAAGCAGUUAGAUAAUUUAUCUGAUCCUAUUUUUCAGAAGAGCAAGAAGAUUGAUGUUUGGACAGGAAAUUAUAUUCCAUGGGUACCUUGUAUUUAUAGUAUAUGAAUUUUUUCAAAAGCAAAUAUUGAUGUAAUUCCAGUCCCAAAUUAGUUGAUGUUAAUACCUUCAUCUUUAAUGUUCAUAUAAAAAUAUGUGAUCUGUUGUUUCUGAAUCAGAGCUAUGAGAGGUCAUUCAAUAUUAGGUGAGUAUGAUUAAUAUCAAUUUUUCUAUGAAAUUUUAAUCACAAAUGUGAAAUACAUUAAGAAAAUCUAAAGAGAGUUGCUUUUUGUGUUUGAAUCAUAAAACAGCAAUGCAUGUAAGCAUACUGUAUGUAAUCAGGGCUUUUUUUCUUCUGUAUUAAACUAAGAAAAACAUUCUAAAUUUUCAAAAUAAUUCAUUUUUCCAGUUGCUCCUUAAGUAGGAAAAUACUGGCUAAUUAGUUAAAACACUGACAUAGCUUUAUAGUAGAAUGGAAUAGAAGUAUUGAAUAUUAUUUGAUGUGAUAGGGGGCAUAGAAGUCUUAAAUGUUAUUUGAUGUAAUAAAAAUAAAAAACAUCUUCACAGGUAUCAGAGGAAAGCGAAGAUAACUCCUAUCUGAAAGGUUGUAUAUGUAUUCAAAUCAGUGUGCACUAAAUAAUUAGCCUCAAUCUUUAAAGCAGCGUAACUCUAAGAUCACUAUAUUCUACAAAAAAUAAUACUUUUUAAGUACUUGUGACCAAGGAGCAUAUAGUGGAUUUAAAAAUGCUUUAUUUAGGCUAUGGGUUAAUUAAUUUGUUUUCAUUUAUAAAACUAAAUUUUUUUUUAGUGUAUUAACAGUGAUGUACAAUGAAUGAGAUGUUACUCUGCCACCAAUGUUAAGCUAUCUUAUCUUGUCUAAGAUUGUAGUUAACAGAUGAAAAUAUUAUUCUAUUUGGGUAACACAAUGGAAUAACUUCUCUAGUAAUCUACUUUUCCUGGGGACCUAAACUUUCAAUAAUUUGGAUAAUAUUGUUCUCAUAGUUACUAUUUUGUGUCCUUUUCUCUUUUGUAACUAUAGGGAUGUUGAAAUGGUUAUGAUAAAGGCUAUAUGGGAGUAUAAUUUGAAGCCAUACCUUUAAAUCCUAAAUCACUAUUUAUAAAAUUUUACCCAGUAUUUUUCUUUGUACAUGGCCCUUUUCUGGGCUAGUUGAACACAUAGAGAUGUUUUUUUUAGAUUUACAUUGAAUGUAGUACACAAUACAUCAAGCUAAAAUAAACUUUGUGUAAGAGAACUAUAGAGG